AUGGCCGACGCUCGCAAUUUCCGCAAGGUCAUUGUCGUUGGCCAUUCAACUGACGGCGACCUGGCUACCCUCAAAAGGAUCGGGUUCAACAUGUACAAGGAAAAGACUGUCGCCGCCAUCCUAGACACGCACACUCUCAGCAGAGAAGUCCUCGCACGCGAACGUGCCACGAGCGGAUAUUCCCUCGCAGGGCCCCUGACGGCGCUUGGCUGUCCCUACGGGCCGCAUGAGCUUCACAAUGCUGGCAACGACGCGACAUACACGUUGCGCGCCACGUUGAUGCUAGCAGCAGUGUGGGGAGAUGGGCAGGAGAGCUUGCCGGGGGCGACGACUUAUCAGGAGCGCCUACGGUCCUUCGCAUUCGCAGAAGCCAACAGUCCAAAUAGGUGGAUAUCUGUCAGAGGUUCUCCCUGGGCCGGACGGGAUCCAGAUUGA